CCAGCCGCAAGACUCCCGAGGUUUCUCCACCCGGCCGGUACGCUAAAAGGUCAGCUUGCCACCUCCCCAACCACCCAGCUCCAAUUUCGUAAUUUCACCGCCCUCCUCCCACCCCAGGCAUCUCAAUCCAUCUUGCCCCAGCACUCCUUUCCUUCCCCUCUGCAACCCCAUUUCCUUCUCCAGUUUACUGUCUCAGUGAAUCUUGCGAUCUCAUCAUUAAGCAACACACAACGCCAUUUUUUUUCUGUGAAAAUUGUUCUCGUUUUUUUACAUUACAUUUAUUGGGUAGAAAAUAAAGAGGAAAAAUAGUCUUUGUUUCAUUUGUCUUUACUUGUCCAUUUUGGUUCUGGGUUCGGCUUACCUUAGUUUAUUUUCUCGUGUUCUUCGCUCAAUCUCCUCGAAGUUAUCAUCUUGUUUGUAAAUGCAGAAUCUUUAAAGAUUCCCCUUUGGAGCGGGUUAUUGGUUGAUCGAUUCGUCGAUCUAGAGAUAUCUAGCGCAGAAAGGGUUAGUCUAUAUUGAGCUAGGGGUGAGAGCUAGGGUUUAGGCCACGAUCAUGGCAAUUGUGGAGAAUGGCUCACAGGGAACAACUGUCAACAACAGCGGUGGGUUUCAGGCGCACUUUAGCAGCAACCACGACUUGGGUUCUGUGGGUUCUCCGGAGGACAAUAAUGAUCAGGGAUUGAUGAACAAUUGCAGCAGAGGAGAAGUUAUUGCGGACAGUGGUGGUGAUGGUGGUAGAGAGGAGGCUUUUAAGAGUGAGAUGAGGGAGCUGGCGGAGAUAUUCUCUAAGUUGAACCCCAUGGCUGAGGAAUUCGUUCCUCUUUCUCUGGCUAAGAAUGGCAACCUGUUUCUUAACGACAAUAAUAAUAUCAGUUCUGGGAGACGGAAGAGGAAUGCCAAUGCACGGGGAAAGAGAAAGAUGAACACCAGGACAAGCCUUGCUCAAAGAGAAGACGUUAUCAAGAGAACUGUUUAUGUGUCUGACAUUGAUCAUCAAAUUACCGAGGAGCAGCUUGCAGCCUUGUUUCUUACCUGUGGUCAGGUUGUUGACUGCCGUGUAUGUGGCGAUCCAAAGUCCAUUCUUCGCUUUGCUUUUGUCGAGUUCACAGAUGAGGAGGGAGCACAAGCUGCUCUGAGUCUUUCAGGAACUGUGCUUGGAUAUUACCCUCUUAGGGUGCUCCCAUCCAAAACUGCAAUAGCUCCGGUUAACCCCACAUUCUUGCCCAGGGAUGAGGAUGAAAGGGAAAUGUGUGCAAGAACAGUUUAUUGUACAAAUAUAGACAAGAAGGUUUCUCAAGCAGAUGUCAAACUUUUUUUUGAAUCAAUCUGUGGAGAGGUUUAUCGCCUGAGGCUGCUUGGAGAUUAUCACCAUUUCACUCGCAUUGCCUUUGUUGAAUUCGUGAUGGCUGAGAGUGCAAUUGCUGCUCUCAAUUGUAGUGGUGUGGUUCUAGGCUCACUACCUAUCAGGGUAAGCCCAUCAAAGACUCCGGUCCGCCCCCGCUCUCCUCGCCCACAAAUGCACGGGACCAGCAUUGCCACGUCAGACUGAUUCGUGAUGGCCCACACUCAUAUCCACGUCAGCUGCCACAUCUCCUCCUGUAAAGAACUUUUCUUCAGCCUCCCCCCCCCUUUUUUUACGUUCUUCGCCGUGUCUUCUCAAUAUCUUUAUCAAUGUUGGUAUCUCGUACGCUUAGUGGUUGUCGUCUGUUUAUUCUUACACGUGUAGAUUGCAGUCUCUUC